GUCGCCCCCUGUCACAUCACCUUCUCCACCAACAAACUUUGGCACUUGGACUGCUGCUGAACUGGAGCCAUGACGCUGACCACUGCUCGCACCAUUGCGUCGUUGAGCAGCUUGAGCAGCUCUGCUCGGACACUGAGCGUGCAGAAUGAGGCUGUAGACCCUGAGACGGAGAUGGCCCCUUGGUUUGUCUCUGGCAUGCCACGAACAGAGGUCCGCCAAAUGGCAGACGACAUGCUCAAACACGGCAGGGUUGGCAACUUCCUCAUCAGGGACGUGAAGAGCGAGCGAAACUGCUUUGGCUUGGUGGUCAAGUCGCCCGAGGGAACGCUGGCCAACUUUCAUAUUGAGCGGAACAAAAAAGGGUUCACGGUUCGCGGCACGAAGCAGACGUUCCCCACCCUCUCCGCACUCGUACGCUACUAUGCAGCAAAGACACGCUCGCAGCUGGGCAUACGGCUGUCGCCCGCAGACCCGACAGAAGCGUACUUUGACAGCACGUCACGUCCUCAUAGGCGGCGCGGCGGCAGCGGCAACUCGCGCGAGCAACAACAACAACAACAACAACAACAACAACAACAGCGCCACCGUGGCGGAGGUGGCGGCGGGGCACGUGUGCACGGCGACAAGCUGCGCCAGCUGACGGACCAAGAGCGGUGGGCACUCAACGCGCAGCGGGAGAAACGGGAGUACCAGAAGUCGCUUGGCCGCUCGGCGAAGAAAGGGGGACGGAGAACCGGGAGCGCAAACGACGAGGGCGAGGGCGGCAUUGACACGCUCUUUGAUGCUGACGCGCGACAGAAGAAGAAGCAACAGUUGCUGCAGGAACGCAAAGCACGCAAGAGCAGCAAGGAGAAGCGCAUGAGCAAGAGCCACGGCCACAGCAGCCGUAAGAACAAGAGCAGACGCCAACUCGCCCAACACCAGCAAAUGAUGAUGAUGCAACAGCAGCAGCAGCAGCAGCGCCACCAUCAUCACCAUCACGCUGCACCACACACCGCACAAGCGGGCUACGCGGGCCCAUACGAGACAGACCCGGGUGCGUCGUCGUGGCACGGCGCUGACGUCGUUGGGUCGCCGUCCAUGCCCCACCACCAAGCGUUGUACGGUAUCCACGGCCAAGGGAUGGCACACGCCACCAGCAUGCAAGGGCUUGGCUCCUCGGCCGCAUAUGGAUCAACGGGGAUGCCCGUCUUUGGCAACGACCCGCAGAGCAUCCAGGCUGCGGAGGCGCAUCUGCGGCUGCUCAAGGCGGAGACGGAGGCCAUGCAGGCGGAGCUGCGGGCCGCAGAGAAGACCAUGUCCUUCUACAAGCAGAGCGCACAGCACGCGGCCGAGCAGGAGAUGUACAUGCGCCAGGCCGAGGCGUUUCGACGCGGGGAAGAGCGCUCCUCCCGGCGGCGAAUGAAGGACAAGGGCAGCAGCAAGAGCGGCAGCAAGAGCAGCAGGAGCAGGAAGAGCCGCAAGGACAGGCGCCGGUCCUCCAGCGAUGAAGACUACACAACCACGUCGACGGAAAAGGACCGUGGGACCACCACACCUGGUGAUGUCACGGACUCCUCUGCCGGCGGUGCGGCGGCCCGACGCGGGCGCAGGGGCAGCGCAGACAAGGCCAGCACGGAGCGCGGGCAGGCAAUGCAGCGGCAAUCGAGCCUGGCGCCGUCCCAGGCGUCCACGCAGUCGUACCAGUACCACUCACAGCAACAGCGGGCACCGCAGACACCGCAGCAGCCGCGUCGCCCCACUCAACAACACCAAACACAGAACCAACAACAGCAACAACAGCAACAACAGCAGCAGGCGUCGUCGCAAUCCCAGCAGCAAACGCCGUCAACAGCCAUGCCGGCUUCCUUCUCCUCACAGCCGCUCCCAGACAAGCCGCCACAACAGCAGCUGACGUCGUACGAGCUGCGGCAUAAGCGCCACGCCAACUCGACCCUCUCCGCAGGCAUUUCCGACAUCCCGUCGUUCCUCCCACCAGACGUUGCUAAGGGCGUGCAGAAGCAGCACACCACGCCCAGCAAGCGUGAUGGCCGUGGCUCCACAACCCCCACGCCAGCGGACAACGCCGGCAGUGCCACGCCCACGCCCAUGUCGCCGCAGCAGCAGCGCAAGGGCCAGCAGAGCGGCGGCAGCAUGACGGCGGCAGAGGCGAUUGCGGCCCAGGCGCGAUUUAUUGAGGAGCAGGCAGCCGCCCUCUUUGGCUCCGAGCCGUCAUCGACACCACGCGCCGCAACCCCGCAGCAGGACGUGCAGCAGCAGCAGCAGGCAGAGCAGGAGAGGCUGCAGAAGCACAGGCAACAGCAGCAGCAACAGAAGCAGCAAGCGCAGGCGCCACCGCCAUCAACCCAGCCGGGCGAUGGGCCAAGCCAGCGGAAGCAGGUUCGGUUUGCAGCAACGGCAACGAGUACCACACCGUCGAGUGACGAUGCGGCCAGGGAGAGGCGCGCGUCGCAGUUUGCGGUGGACAAGGAGCUGCAGUCGCAGGAACUUCGACGGCUGAUGGAACUGGAGCGAAAGGAGAUGGAGCGACGGAAGCAGUUUGAUGAGCGGCACGCGCAGGCGGUGCGGGAGGUGGAGAGGAAGCCUGCCUCUGAGCGCCACAUGCUCAUGAUUGAGCUGGACAAGAAGGAGGACGCCGAGAUGCAGCGGCGCAAGGAGUGGGAGCGGAACAGGGAGGAGCGCGAGGCCCGCGCGCUCAUGUCGCGCCCUGACGCAAGCAAGGACUUGGAGGAGUAUCUGGAGGACGAGGAGAAGCGGCAGGCCGAGCUGGAGAAGCAGCGACUGCAAGAGGAGGAGGAGGCGCGAAACCUGAUUGCCAUUGGCCGCGUGCGCAAGUUUGCUGAGAUGUUCUCGCAGCCCCGUAACCAGUUCAAGACCAAGUCGCACGUCAUGACGUGGAAGGUCAAGGACGCGCACCGCAUCGCCCCCAUGUAG